AGCCCUGGAAGUCUCUUAGAAUUACAUCAUCUGUAAUCUACCAAGGAUUACUCGAGACUUCUGUUGUGAGAUUAGCUGUUACAGACGGAAUGAGGAUGUGCUUCUCACACCAGCACUGAUCUGGGAUCAGAUGUGUCGAUAUGCAUUGCAUUUGGUGACAGAUCAGCCAGUAAAAGCAUAUUUGAUCCACAACUGUUUUAAUGGCUGCACAAUGAAGGCCCAACUUCAGAUAACAGUUCUGUCCGCUAAGCUGCGGGACAAUAAGAAGAAUUGGUUUGGGCCCAGUCCUUAUGUUGAGGUGUGUGUGGACGGCCAGUCCAAGAAGACGGAGAAGUGCACCAACACUCACAGUCCCAAAUGGAAACAGUCUCUCACUGUGAUCGUCACCCCUUUCAGCAAGUUAAUUUUCCGGGUUUGGAGUCACCAGACACUUAAAUCUGACAUUUUGCUUGGCAUGGCCGCUCUGGAGGUCAGCGAGACCUUAAAAGCCAACAAUAUGAAGAUCUGUGAGGUGGUGCAGACGCUGCAGUUGAGUUCAGACCGAGAGCGCUCGGAGGUGGUUGGAGAUCUCUCAGUGUGUCUGGAUGGACUGCAGGUGGAUCCCGAGACUUUUGCUUCUGAGGAACAAGAGCACAAUGCUGUUGUAAAUGGAGAAUCCAAACUGAACGGGGAUGUAGCAGGAAGUCGAGAUUCUUCCCCAUCCAGUGCCAUCGCUGAUGAAGCGGUGCUGCCCAAUGGUCAUGCAGUGGGACGUCCGGGGUCUGCCUCUCCAUCAGCAGGGGCUCUGAGACCACCCCACCCAUCUCGACCCCAGCGGCCACAUAAACCUACUUCCUCCACAGCGUCCUCUGCAGGCUCGACUCCCACUCACGGCAGCAGCGCUCCCAGCCCGGAAACAUCUCCACGGGUGUGUGUGAACGGAGAAACCGAGAGUCAGGGGUCAGGCUCAGGGUCAAAUCAGGCUCCCAGGGCCAGUCCAACGCCACCCAGAGCUUCACUGAUCAGUAACGGCCUUCUUCCUCCUGGCUGGGAGCAGAGAGUGGAUCAGAACGACCGCGUUUACUACGUGGAUCACAUUGAAAAAAGAACCACAUGGGAAAGACCAGAACCACUUCCGCCAGGCUGGGAGCGUCGUUUGGACCCGAUGGGCCGUGUGUACUAUGUGGAUCAUAUAAUCCGAACCACCACAUGGCAAAGACCUACACUCGAGUCGGUCCGGAACUACGAGGAGUGGCAGAACCAGCGCAGUCAGCUGCAGGGAGCCAUGCAGCGCUUCAACCAGAGAUUCAUCUAUGGGCUGCAGGAACAGCUUGCGCCUACAGCUAAUAAAGAGUUUGACCCUCUGGGUCCUCUGCCGCCGGGAUGGGAGAAACGGACUGACAGUAAUAGGAGGAUGUAUUUUGUUCACCAUCCUACAAGAUCCACACAAUGGGAAGACCCUCGAACACAAGGGUGCGACACGAUCACAAUUUUGAUACCAAAGCAACUAGCAAUUCCUCAGCACCUUAAGAUCCACGUCAGUCGCAAAACACUGUUUGAGGACUCCUUUCAGCAGAUUAUGAGUUGCCAUCCUCAAGAUCUGAGACGGAGACUGUGGAUUAUUUUCCCGGGGGAGGAGGGACUUGACUAUGGAGGCGUGGCCAGGGAAUGGUUCUUCCUGCUGUCUCACGAGGUCUUGAACCCCAUGUACUGUCUGUUCGAGUACGCCGGCAAAGACAACUACUGCCUGCAGAUUAACCCCGCCUCCUCCAUCAACCCUGACCACCUCAAAUACUUCAAGUUCAUUGGCCGGUUCAUCGCUAUGGCUCUGUUUCAUGGGAAGUUCAUAGACACGGGCUUCUCUUUGCCUUUUUAUAAGCGCAUCCUGAACAAACCUCUGGCUCUGAAAGACCUGGAGUCCAUCGACCCAGAGUUUUACAACUCGCUCAUCUGGAUCAAGGAUAAUAAUAUAGAGGAAUGUGGCUUGGAGAUGUUUUUCUCGGUGGAUAAGGACAUUUUGGGAGAAGUCACCACACAUGAACUCAAGCCUGAUGGAGGAAACAUUCAGGUGACAGAGGACAAUAAAGAGGAGUAUAUCAGGUUGGUUGCUGAGUGGAGGUUGUCCAGAGGGGUCGAGGAACAGACUCAGGCGUUUCUCGAGGGCUUUAAUGAGGUCUUGCCGCAGCAGUACCUGCAAUACUUUGAUGCCAAAGAGCUGGAGGUGAUGCUGUGUGGGAUGCAGGAGAUCGAUCUGGUCGACUGGCAGAGGAGCACCAUCUACAGACACUACGCUCGCAGCAGCAAACAGAUCGGCUGGUUUUGGCAGUUUGUGAAGGAGAUCGACAAUGAGAAGCGCAUGCGUCUGCUGCAGUUUGUGACCGGCACGUGCCGACUUCCUGUCGGGGGAUUCGCUGACCUUAUGGGGAGCAAUGGGCCGCAGAAGUUUUGUAUUGAGAAAGUGGGGAAAGAAAACUGGCUGCCGAGGAGCCACACAUGCUUUAACCGUCUGGAUCUGCCGCCCUAUAAAAGCUACGAGCAGUUAAAGGAGAAGCUGCUGUUCGCCAUCGAGGAAACGGAAGGCUUCGGUCAGGAGUGAUGCACGCACACCGCUGCGUCUUUUAAAGCCUUUCCAUGACAACACGUAUCAAACUGCUUCAGCCUUCUGCUGCUACUUCAAACCGGGAACGAGGGAUCAACACUCAUUAUCUGUUCGCUUAGGCUUCCAGUUCUUGUUUGCAUACCAUCCACUUCUGAUUUUACGCUGCCUUAGUCAAUGAUGGAUGCACAGCACUGCAGCCGGACUGAAGAUCUGCACACCUCGGCUCACUCUAUGCAGACUGUGUGACCCUCGUAUUAACCCGUUAAUGACUGUAGUAAUGCACACGCAACAGACUUUUCCUCUAGAACUUGAAGCUUGAGUUUGCAUGGUAUGUGUUUAAAUGAGUCUCUUCUGUUGUGCGUACGAGUGCAAGACACAAUUUCAUACGGUUUUUAUUGCCACUGCAGAUCUGUACCUUCAUACAGAUAUGAAUCAUUUGAAGACAUUGGUUUUUCCAAUUUGAAAAGGGUUGCACUUUAUUAGUGAAAACACUGGCAGAGUGAUUACGGCUAAUAUGCAACCGGUCAUAUUUCACCUCGGAAUCAAGAGAAAGCAUUGUUUUGCAUGAAGAAAGUUAACCCACUAUUAGAAGUUUUUACAUUAUUGUCAUAAAAAUGACAAUCUCAUUCUCAUUACUGAAAAACGAAACGAAACCAUUGGAUUAGCUUCAUGUUCUUCAUGCAAAAUAUACUUUCUUUUGCUUCUGGGUGAACUGUGACCUGGACAUGCCUACAAUAAGAGUAUAUCUAUGCACGUAUGGUUGGAUAAACUUUUAGCAAUAGCCCAGAAUGCCAUUUAUUCACUUUCUCACUUGAAUUCACAAAACUACGUGACGGAAGCUGUAACGUUCGCUGUUUUCGUACGAUCAGCAGCUAGAAAUCUUUAUCAUUUUAUACUUUUAAUGUG